CUUUUACCGGGUUUUUUUGUCUUUUCAUGCAAAUUACCCAAGGCAUAAGGGUUAUUAUCCUCAGACCAUUCAUUUGUUUUUUGCUUUUUUUAUUUUUUAUUUUUUUUAACGGGUUAAAAGGGCAAAAGUGAAUUAGACAAAAAGACGAAAAGACCAAAACCCUGAGCUGAAAACCGUAAGAGCAAAAACAAAAUUUCAAGUUAUCUUGCCCUUUUCUAUGCCAAAUCGUCUGCAACCCUAACCCUAAAGAAUUUCACUUUUCAGGUGAAAUUAAAGAUGGAUGUUGUUCCAUCGGCGCUGGCGAAAGAGAUAUUCCUUCUUAUGCAUCAUUCGGAACUCUCCGAUCCGAGGGAAGCUCAAAGCUACUGUAAAGCGAUGAUAUUUAAGACUGAUGGCCUUCGCAGGGUGAAGUCGGAACAGCUGUUGAGGGACGUGAAGUUGAGGAAAGUCUACAAGCAUCUACUGGAGGAGGCUGAGGAGUGGAGGAAGAAGGUGGAAGAACUCGAGAAAGGGUUCAAAGAACUCAAAAUGGAAUCAUUGCGCCAUUCAUUACGACGCAAACUAUAUUUCAAUGGGCUGCCAUCUGAAUGGCAAACAGAUCACAUUAAAAAAAACACAAUCGUGUGCACAAUCACGAACACAGUGAGCAGAAGUCUUCCAUAUUUAGAUGAUCCGAAUGAUGAUGCUGAUGAUGAUGCUGAGGAUGAAGAAGUGGAUGAGGAUGAGUUUGAGGAUGAGGAUGAUAGGGAUGAGAAUGACUUGAAGUAUCAAAUCAAGUAUUUGAGUAAGAGGAUUAUUUGGAUGAAGUUGGAGGUGAAAUAUCUGGAACCUUACCUCCGAUCCACCCAAGAGAUGUGGAACUCAAAAGACGACAAGGCCUUUUGUGGGGAGCCCGGAAUUAUUGAAGAGUUGAAAGCCUUUAGUGAAAAGUACAGGGCAAGUACAAAGGAAAUUCAACCGACUUUGAAAAACUUUGCAAAGAACCCGUUGGCAACUUUGGAGGAGAACCUUGAAAGUGAAAUGAUUCAAACAGGGGGACUAGACAGUGUCACUGCUGUGGAUUCAAGUAGCUUUGGAGCAAUGGGAACCCCAUUGACGCGAGCAAGGGAGUUAAAGAGAAAGAAAGAGGAAGAACUGAAUGAGGCCCGUAGGGGAAAAAGGCCUGCAACUGUUUACACUACUCCAAGUCGUUCCCCAGUUGGUGGGUUUAUGGCCGAGGCUCUUCAGAAAUGCAAUCAGUCAGCCCCUGCACUGGCUACUGAAAGAUUUCUGUUCUCAACCAAAGAAGGUACACAAAUACAAAUAGGGGAGGCCGCUUAUGAUAAGGGGGCCUUCACCUCAUUAUUGGCACCUCCACCUCCACCUCCACCUCCACCUCCACCUCAUCAGGAGCUUGGACUAGGGAGCAAGCAAGAAGUUAGUGUGUGCCAUCUUGUGAAGCAAUAUGGGAAGCUCAAAGAUGCUAAAAGAAGACAGGAGGAAGCUGCAGCUGCUUCUAUUGAUGCUAACCGCAUAUUCAUGGAAAGGAAGAAAGAAGCUGACAACUGUAACAGACAAGUGAAGGAGCUGGAGGAGGGGCUUGGCAAGCUCAAGGCUGAACUGGCGGAGAAGGGUAAGAUUUCCAAGGAUACACUUGAGUUAGAGACGAUCGGUGCUGUGACCCUUGGUUCGAAUUUGAUGAAGAAGCUGCUGCAGUCUGGGCUUAUUGGUUCGGAGUUUCUAGACUUGCCUCUACGGGAGGCUCUUCAGCUCUGUCCUUCUCUACAAAACCAGUUCAAUGAAGGUCCGACUUUUAUAGGUCAGGGACAUCCCAUCGAUGACAAAGUUGCCAUUCCAACUGAUCUAGGAGUGGGUCUGCCAUUCUCCAGUGCUCGGUACUACUUGCCGGAGGAUGUUCGGGCGGCUAAACCGGUUGAACUGGAUGGCUCAUGGGUUCAGGCGUUUAAACCGGUUCGGGAGCCUAAACCGGUUGAACCGGAUGGCUCAUGGGUUCAGGCGUUUAAACCGGUUCGGGAGCCUAAACCGGUUGAACCGGAUGGCUCAUGGGUUCAGGCGUUUAAACCGGUUUGGGAGCCUAAACCGGUUGAACCGGCUGGCUCAUGGGUUGGGGCGGCUAAUGGCUCAUGGGUUCAGGCGUUUAAACCGGUACGGGAGCCUAGACCGGUUGAACCGGCUGGCUCAUGGGUACGGGCGGCUAAACCGGUUGAACCGGCUGGCUCAUGGGUACGGGCGGCUAAACCGGUUGAACCGGUUGGCUCAUGGGUACGGGCGGCUAAACCGGUUGAACCGGCUGGCUCAUGGGUACGGGCGGCUAAACCGGUUGAACCGGCUGGCUCAUGGGUACGGGCGGCUAAACCGGUUGAACCGACUGGCUGGGUUCAGGCGUUAAAACAGGCGCUUAAACCGGGUUGGGAGCCUAAACCGGUUGAACCGGCUGGCUCAUGGGUUGGGGUGGCUAAAUCGGAUGAACCAUCUGAACCGGAUGAACCAUCUGAACCGGAUGAACCAUCUGAACUGGUUGAACCAUCGGACCAUCGGUUCAACAAUUAGUUAAACAAUUGGUUCAAAUAGAAUCGGUUGAUUUGGGUAAACCAUUUGAAUCAUUUGAACCGGUUUAAUAACUGGUUCAAUUGCAACCAGUUGAACCUGUUGAAUUUGAACUGAUUAAAUUGGUUAAACUAGUUAAAUCAGUUAAAUCGGUUGAAUCUGUUGAAUUGGUUGAAUUGGUUGAAUCAAUUAAACCUGUUGAAUUGAUUGAAUCGAUUCACCUAAUUGAUCCAACCGAUCAUCUUAAAAAACAGGUUUUUUAACA